CCUUCCUAAGGAAGGAAGAAGGGGGCUGAUCUGAUUAACUGAACCAGCGACUUUGAAAUCCUCCAGGAAUAUCUGAGAGUUACUAUGGCCCUGGGCAUAUGCAAUACCUGUGCCUCCUGCCAUUGUCUGGAACUCCCUGCCGGUCCUACAGUCCUCCAUCAGCUUAAUGGAGGUGUGUGGAUUGCUCUCCACACUUUGUUGCCCGCCGGGACCCGGGAUUUCACAGUGCAGGGCACCCUUGAGUCCCAAGGAAGCAGCAGGGCAGGGACCAUCUAUAGCAACCACGAUGGGAGGAGGGAGGAGGUGGCCAGCAGGAGGAAGGCAGCAGGGCCUAUCCUGACGCAGCAGCAGCGGUGGAGGAGGCCCCUCCAGAUAUGCUGGGCGUCAGGAUCCAGCCCGUCCUCUGCCUCCUGCCUCCUCUGGCCUCGAUCCCUAGGAGGGUCCUCGGUUCCAGCCGCCCUCAGGCUCAAGCCAAGGGAGGUGCCCUCUGAGCUAGCUACGGAAGGAGGCGGGGACUGAAUCGUCUGAGGAGGAGAGGGAGGAACCGACGCUCCUCGAGCUGGUGGCUGCAGGCGCCCUGGGUUGCCGCCGUCUCCCUGGGCGGAGCUGCACCCGGAGCCCGGACUGUAUUGAGAGCGUGUGAAUGUCCGCGUGGACUAGGGCCGCGCGGGCCCCGCGCCUCCUACGGCUCGCUCCCGCGUGCUGCUGUGUAUGUUCGCUUCUUGUCACUGUGCGCCGAGAGGCAGGAGGACUAUGAAGAUGAUUCACUUUCGGAGCUCCAGCAUCAAAUCGCUCAACCAGGAGAUGAAAUGCACCAUUCGGCUGCUGGACGACUCGGAGGUUUCCUGCCAUAUCCAGAGGGAGACCAAAGGGCAGUUUCUUAUUGAACACAUCUGCAACUACUACAGCUUGCUGGAGAAGGACUACUUCGGAAUUCGCUAUGUGGACCCAGAGAAGCAAAGGCACUGGCUAGAACCAAACAAGUCCAUCUUCAAGCAAAUGAAAUCUCAUCCACCAUACACCAUGUGCUUUAGAGUGAAAUUCUACCCACAUGAACCCUUGAAGAUUAAAGAAGAGCUCACAAGAUAUCUUUUAUACUUGCAGAUUAAAAGAGACAUUUUUCAUGGCCGACUGUUGUGCUCCUUUUCUGAUGCUGCCUAUCUGGGUGCUUGUAUUGUUCAAGCUGAGUUCGGUGAUUAUUAUCCUGAUGAGCAUCCUGAGAAUUAUAUCAGUGAGUUUGAGAUUUUCCCCAAGCAGUCACAGAAGUUGGAAAGAAAAAUCAUGGAAAUUCAUAACAAUGAACUCAGAGGUCAGAGCCCAGCGAUUGCUGAAUUCAACCUACUCCUGAAAGCUCAUACAUUGGAGACUUACGGGGUAGAUCCUCACCCAUGCAAGGAUUCAAGAGGUGCUACAGCAUUUUUAGGAUUCACUGCUGCAGGGUUUGUGGUGUUCCAGGGAAAUAAGAGAAUCCAUUUGAGAAAAUGGCCAGAUGUCUGCAAAUUGAAGUUUGAAGGGAAGACAUUUUAUGUGAUUGGCACCCAGAAAGAGAAAAAUUCCGUCUUGGCAUUCCAUACUUCGACACCAGCUGCCUGCAAACACCUAUGGAAAUGUGGGGUAGAAAACCAAGCCUUUUAUAAGUAUGCCAAGUCAAGUCAGAUCAAGACUGUGUCGAGUAGCAAGAUAUUUUUUAAAGGAAGUAGAUUUCGAUAUAGUGGUAAAGUUGCCAAAGAGGUGGUGGAGGCAAGCUCCAAAAUCCAGAGGGAUCCUCCUGAGGUGCACAGAGUCAACAUUACUCAGAGUCGAAGCUCUCACUCCUUGAACAAACAGCUCAUCAUUAACAUGGAGCCCUUGCAGCCCCUGCUUCCUUCACCCAUUGAACAGGAAGAUGAAGUUCCUGUUCCUGAGGGUGUCCCAUUGCCUAAAGCAGAUGUUUCUGAGCCCCUGGUUGCCAGUUCACCAGUGAAGAGAGCUCGAUAUGCAGAUCCUCUAAGUGAAGAGGAAGAUAAAGUAAAAGAAGACCCCUUGACCAUCUCUGAACUAGUAUAUAAUCCCAGUGCCAGCCUGCUCCCUACCCCAGUGGAUGAUGAUGAAAUCAACAUGCUCUUUGACUGUCCAUCUAGGCUCGAAUUAGAAAGAGAAGAUACAGAUUCAUUUGAGGAACUGGAAGCAGAUGAAAAUGCCUUUUUGAUGGCUGAAGAGGAGGAGCUAAAGGAAGCUCGUCAAGCUUUGUCAUGGAGCUAUUCCAUCCUGACCGGCCAUGUCUGGGUCAACCCCCUGGUCAAGAGUUUCUCCAGGCUCCUUGUGGUGGGCCUGGGACUGCUGCUGUUUGUAUUUCCCCUGCUCCUCCUCCUUUUGGAGUCAGGUAUUGAUCUCUCCUUCUUAUGCGAAAUUCGUCAGACACCAGAGUUUGAGCAAUUUCACUAUGAAUAUUAUUGUCCCCUGAAGGAGUGGGUGGCUGGGAAGGUCAACAUCUUCCUCUACAUGCUGGGCUGUUCUUAGGUUCAUAUCUGAUGAGACUAAGGGCUAUCUUCAAUACUGGUGGUAUCAUUUUCAGUAGAUGCUAGGUUUUGAUUGGCCUUGAGUUGUCAAGAUGUGUUCUUUUCUCUUAACUGACUGCUCAAACCUUGAAAUUAGUUUUCUGUACUUCAUUGAAUUUAAGUUAAUUUAAAUCAAAUAUAAUUCUUUUAGUUAUCCUUCAGAAAGGCAGAAUUGAAGUAACCAAAAAAAAAAAAAAAACUUCUCCUUAUCAUACCAUAGCAUGUAGUACAUUGGAGUUAGGUAUUCCUGUUUCUUUAUUGUGAACUAUAAUGUUCAGAAUCAGAAUUUUAGUAAAAAUACAAAAAAAAUCUUUUUAAUAUAACCUUUGGUGAAAAUAAUAUCCUUUUACUGAUGCCUAUACAAAUAAGUUGAUGCUGAGUUUUUCUUUCAGUUUUUUUUAACAAAAAAAUAUUUUUAUGUGUUCUAACUAUUUUGGUAAAUUUUUAGCAAAAAAGCUUUCUGGAGUUAUUUAAGUACACAUAUUGUAAAACUAAUGCACAUGGAAUUUUUUAGUGUUUUGGCACCUGAUUUUUUUAAAGAUAUUUUUUGGCUAACUAAUCCCAUAAUUUAUUACCUGCAUAUGACUUUGAAAAACAAUAGUAAGAAACUAUAGUAAGUAUUCAAAACAGAUGAUUGAACUAGAAGAUGUGAGCAAGGAGAACACUGAGUUGACACUGUGGGGUCUGGUUUUCAAAGUUUUCAACAAGAUAAUCUUAUAAUUUCAUUUGCAUUUUGCCCAUAUGUUUGGGCUGGGGAAGCAGAGUGUUUUUAAAGGAAAUUGAAACUACUUGUAAUAGUAAAAUUGUAAAAGAUCCACUAGUUAAUUGUUUAUUGUUUACUAAUCUAUGUGAAAGCAGGAGGAGUUUGGCAAAUAGAAGGUAGCAAAGAAGAGUUCUGGUGAGACAGCUAGGCAAGAGGUGAUAAGCUUAUGGUUGCUUUUAUGGAAGUGAUGGGGAUACAUUUGGCCCUCAAUGUAAAGAGCUGUGCACUCAAUUUCUGAGUUCACAAAAUCAUGUUUAGUUAAUAAAAGUGGAGAAAUUUUAAGGUGAAUAUUUGGGAUCCCUCAUGCUUUUCAUUGUGAUUCUCUGGAUGAAAUUUUAAGGGUGUGUAUGUCUCUCUGUGUGUGUGUGCAUGUGUGUGUGUGUGUGUGUGUGUGUGUGUGUGUGUGUGUGUGUGUGUGUGUGUGUAAGAGAGAGAGAUAGACAGACAAAGACAGUGAGACAGACAGGGGGAAGAGACAUGGAGAGAGAGAGAGAGAGAGAGAGAGAGAGAGAGAGAGAGAGAGAGAGAGAGAGAGAGAAAGAGAGAGAGGUUUCCUUUAUGGGUUUCUUUAAGUUCUGAACUCUUGUAAUUGAGGCUUCCAUUGAAAUAAUGAAGAUGAUACACCAUUUCUGUUUGGGUGAAGUAGACAAUGGAAGAGAAUAACAGACAAAGGAAAUGAUAAAUCCUGUAGUACAUUCCUUCAUAUCAGUGAACCCAAGAUAGAAAACAUCUGGUGCUUUCCAUUGCUGGUCACUUACCAACACUGUAUAAGGAGUAAGAAUCAAAAGAGUAUGGAGAUUUUUACCUAUGUUGAAAAGAUUCCAUUGCCUUUGGUUAUGAAGAGAUUGGACACACAAAUUGAAUACUACAGCCAUGCUUAUUUAGUGCAGCUCUGAGUGUUUUAUUAGAUGAUUAUUUUGAAAGUGAACUUUGAAAGUCAGCUCUCGGGACUUUGAGUUGAAUGCAUUAUAAUAUAUACUUGCUAUUGUAUCCAUAAUUUAUACAGAUAUAGAAAUAUAUUUUCUAUACCUGGAACUCUAAGCCUUUUUUCUAAGUUUGCUAUUGAUCAGCAUUUUGAUAGAAGUUUUAAUUUUUCUCUUUUUCUCUCAUAUAACUUGGAACUCAUACUCUCUGGCAUAGGGAAAUUCCAGUGCAGUUGGUAAAAAAAAUUGCCACACUUUUACUUGUGCUUCCUAUUUUCUUUGAAGUGCUGACCAAGAUAACUCAUCUGGGCUUCUUUUAAAAAUAAUGUUUAAGUUAAAUAAUAUUUUUUUUUUGGUUUUUCGAGACAGGGUUUCUCUGUGUAGCUUUUGCACACCUUUAAUCCCAGCACUUGGGAGCCAGAGCCAGGCAGAUCUCUGUGAGUUCAAGGCCAGCCUGGGCUACCGAGUGAGUUCCAGGAAAGGCGCAAAAGUUAAAUAAUAUUUUUAAAUUAUGGAGAUAGCAUGUUUAUAUUAUAAAAUAUGAAAAGAAAAUAAGACAGAUAUAACAUGUAAUACAUGCAUGCAGAUUUGUAAUGAGGAACAAGAUGCAGAUAGUUUUAACAUUUACAGCCUGCAUCACCCUUCUCUUGAGGAACAGUUCAUUGUGGAUUAGAAAUACUUUUAGGGAAAGACAGAAUAGGGACCGCUAAAUUAAUACAAUAAUGAUAAAGCCUAACACUGGGAUCCUAUAAUGUCAUUUAUUUGGUAUAGAAUUAAAGCCUUUAAGAAAUAUCCAUUUAUUGUUAAAAAGAUUUCAUCAGAUGUUUGAAUCAAAUGAAGAAGGGAUUCUUCAAAGGAUAGCCAGUAUAUAAAAUAGAUUGAGAGUUCAAAGCAAGUACAUUUGCAUUUGAGUAUUCUAUUCCAUUGGUAUAUGUGUAUUUAUAAAAGAUAUGUAUGUAUGUGUUUGUAUAGAUAUAGCCCACAUGCCUUUCAUACAUACUUACUUGUGCUAAUUUUGCCCCCGUGAGGAAUUUGUGGAAUAAUUUUGUUCCUUUCUCUCUCAGACAUUGUGAUAUCGUGAUAUAUAGAGCCUUAAGUGCUUAAUUAUUUCAUGAAAAUACUUUGUGUACAUUUGUGAAUUUGUACACACACACAGAGAGAGAGCAAGUAAAUGUACACACAAUUGUCUUUAGUGCUAAUAUGAGCUCUAUAAUGAGAAUGAUGUAGGUAAAGGAUCACAUAUUUCUGAGCUUGGAACAUGAUGUGUAUUAUGUAUUUACAGUAUAUUUUGUAGUUUGUCUAAUAUUUAUGAACAUAACUCUGGGAAGAAUUUACAAUGAGUUAAUUUCAUUGAAGUAACAAGAGAUAUGGGGGCCAUAUUACUGUUAUUGAAGAUGUAUCUUUGUAUAGUGGAAUUAGCAUUUCUUUGUCAACAUCCAGAAUGUUUGUCUGUUAAUAUGGUGGCAGGAAUCACUAAUAAAAUAAUCUGGGGUAAAAUA